AUGACAAUUAGGAAUACCCAUACGAACUCGCAGUUCCAGAAGAUCUCCUCUCCGGACGACAUCAUCGUCAGUAAAAGGCUUUGCUUGACGGAUGUUGCUAAUGUGUCAAAGCUUUAUACGGGAUCGGACCGUUGCCUCCCCCAGGCAAGAUUUUCGUUCACCCUGAGAGAAGUGAAAACCGCGAAGUUCAGAGAGCGAUUUCCCAAUGCCAUCAUUAACAGGGAUCUUUUCGCUGCGCUAGCCGCUUCUUGGGAAGAUUCCGCAAUGGACAACAUCGAGGAAGAAUACGAUCGGCUUGUUGAACACCUUCAUGACUGCACAGGGAAGGCUGAGAGUUCUAAAACCACCAAAAGACGCCUCUGCGGAAACUCUAGAGUUGAUACGUCGGCAUGGAGCUGA